ACUAACUAUACACAGGCAGCGGCGACAGGCGAGUCCGACGACAAUCAGCGGCGGCGACAGCAGCUUAUUCUUAAGAAACCAUCGCCGACGAGCGACAGGCAACCGGCGACAACAUCGAUUCUUCAGCGACGAUUGUAUUUUUCUUCGCACUUGGCUGUUCGAACUUGGCACUUGGCUCAGUUAGCUGGUGAGUCCUCUACUCCUCUUUCUUGUGCCUAACGAUAUCCUUAUCCCCGCAAUACUCUCCCACUUUCAAUGGCGUCGACUCUCUCCAGAAGAGUUUUCCGCACUUCACCUUUUUCUUCUUUCAAUCGGAAAAAGUUUCCGAGCAAUCUUCAAUCCGGCCUAUUGAGCUCCGUAUUCGAAUCUGAUUCGGUGCGAUUGUUAUCCUCAUAUGGUUCACGAGAACAAUGCAAUGUCGCUGCACUCUGCCCCAAAAGAGGUCUGAUAUACAAGGAUUUCGGGAGAGGAACUGUAAUCAGGCCAAAAUAUGGAUUCCAGAAUUUCAAUUUCGGGUGGAUACAUUUUGGUCGGUUUCUAUGCACAGCUCUCGGAGCUCCGGAAUCAGGAGGUGGUGGUGGUGGAAGCAUUGCUGUUGCUGAUGGUUCUGGCCAGGCUAAGGAAGCUAAAGUGAAGAGGAAGAAACUGAAGGGUAAAAGGGCAGUGGUGAGAUGGUUGAAGUUCUUCAGGUGGAAGAAGAAGAAAGAGUUUCAGAGGAUGACUGCUGAGGAGAAAUUGGUUUACAAGUUGAGAAAGGCGCGCAAAAAAGAAGAAAGGCUUCUUGAAGCCUUAGAGAAGAUUGAACCUAAGGAGACAUCAGAGGCUACCCAUGAUCCAGAGAUAUUGACACCCGAAGAACACUUCUACUUUUUGAAGAUGGGGCAGAAGUGCAAGAAUUAUGUGCCUGUUGGAAGACGUGGGAUAUACCAGGGUGUGAUCCUUAACAUGCACCUGCAUUGGAAGAGGCACCAAACACUUAAAGUAGUUGUGAAGACGUUCUCUCCAGAGGAGGUUAAGGAAAUUGCCGCAGAACUUGCACGGUUAAGUGGUGGCAUCAUUCUUGAUAUUCAGGAUGAUAACACCAUUAUUAUGUAUAGGGGAAAGAAUUAUGCUCAACCACCAACCGAGAUAAUGUCCCCCAGAAGCACUCUUUCUAGGAAUAAGGCUCUGAAUAAAUCCAAAUACAGGGAUGCCUUGAGAGCUGUUAGGAGAUAUAUACCUAGACUUGAGCAGGAUCUUGAGCUACUUCGAGCACAAGCAGAAAAUAAAGCUAGUCUCUCCGAAGAAAACCAAUUAAUUGGCUCUGAGGAUUAUGAUUCUGAUCACCAUUUGCAAUUACAAACUGAGGCAACCAAAAAACUGAAUGAAUUAAUGCCUCAAAAUGGUGAAAAUGAUGAUGAAAAUGAUUCAAUGAUGGAAUCUGAUCUCGGUGAAGAUUCUGAAGAUCUUUCAGAUAUUUUUGAGACAGAGUCUGAGGAAGAGAAUGAGGAGAGGAAUGAGAAACCUCUAUAUUUGAAUGCAUUUGAAAAGUUUCCAGUUUAUAGCAAUGGGGAAACAGAUGAUUUUGAGGAGCAUUUGCGUCAAAUAUCUGCUAAUUCAAGGAAAGAGAAAUUGCAAGGUAGAGAUGUGAAGUCACCAGAUCUAGAUGAAGUUGAUCGGAUGAUCCUGCAAGCUGCAUCACUUUUGAAGAAAAAUAGAAGAUGAAAACCUGUAUUUAUUGAUUACUGGAAAGAUCAAUGACGAUUUCACCUCACCGUGUGAUGAAAUGAUGGCUAAGGGUAUGGAUCCUUAUAAAGUAUAUAAAGUAAUAUAUGAUUGUGAAACUAUUGGAGAAGGGGCGUUAAGAGAACAAGCGAAUGAAACAUUAGUAGAAUCCUUGUGUUAAAAUGGGGAUAUUACUGAACUAUUGAUGUCACUUAAUGAAAUCGGUAAGCAGGGCUUGUCCCUAGUGUUAAUAUCUCUAGCACUUCAGUUCAUGGGUUGAACAGAGCAGGAUAUUGAGAAAAAUUAGCAACAGCUUUGGAACUAUGGUAAAGUUUGCUUGGAUCUCUAAAUCCCAGACAAGUGAAGAUGCAGAGUGUAUUACCAACCCUAUGAAGCAAGCAGCACCAGAAGUAGUUCGUCAGGGAACAAGUAUGGUACGGAAACUUAUUUGACGGUUACAAAUGUGUCUGAUGAUGAUAUUUGGUAAUUAGGAGAUGUGGCAGUGCAGUUUGCUGUUGCAGAAGAAUUUUGUUGGUAUAGCAGAUGCCAGUUCUCCAAGGUGCAAGGUGAUCUGGUAUGUGAUUGAAUGGACUUCUUUCACUAGAUUUAUGCUAAUCUCAGAUUUUUCUCUUUAGGGCUUGGUUCUUUUGAGUAUCUUUUUCCAUUCUUUGGCCAGGUUGUGCCCAACAUUUUUCAUUAAUAAAUUUCUUCAUCGCUUCAAGCAACAAAAAUGCAUUUUACUUUUGAGGGAUUCAUCUUAUUUGGUACAUUUGAGAGAUUGAGGACCAAACUUACAACAUUACUUUAGGUCAGUAUCAAUUAACCACAAUGUCUUACAUCUUUGAGUGCAAGUUUGCUUUUGCAGAUCUUUGUUUCUGCAGCCUGGCUUUGACUUUAAAGAGAACAGUGUGUAUUUCAUCAAAAUGUGGACUCGUCACUUUCUUCAUAUCAUCAAUCCAACUCAAAACUCUCUUGUAUGGGCUUAAUAUUCUUCCCUGAUCCUUCUCUUCCACGACCUGAAUCGCCAAAA